AUCAUUUUUGUAAUAAAAUGAAAGAAAAUCGAGAAAAGAUAAGAAGAUUGAAAGGUGAUGGUUUAUUCGUACAAAUGGAUUCCAAUAAUCGAAUACUCGAGGUAACAGGUGAUGGUUGUAAAAUAACCAUGAGUAAAAAUUGUGGAAGCGUUCGUGUCGUGGGUGAUGGAUGCCUAAUCAAGGUCAAGAAUAAUACAGGUGACAUUGUAUACACCGGUGAUGGUGGUCGUGUUUUAUUGGGACCAAAAUCGUCGAAAGAUAAUGUCCAAUAUUUUGGCGUAGGUGGGAAAAUAACUGUGGAUACCGAAUCGAUGGAUGUUAAUUCUACUGUGAAUAAAAAAGAUACCAAGGAAUCAUCGUCUGCGACUUUGAAAAAUUAUCUUGGAAUGGACAAGACGAAGAAAUUAAUGAAGAAAACGAAAAAAGUUGACAAUUGUGGUGAUCCAUCGAAUUCUGACACGAAAGAAACCGAAAAGAUUUAUAUUAAAAAUUGUGAUCUCAGGAAUGAAAUCAAAGAGAAAAGUAAUUGUAACAUUCAAGAUAAUGAAAAAGAAAUGAACAAUGGGAAACCUGGUACUACUAUUUUUGUAACAACCACAACUACAACCACAACUACAACUACAACGACAACAACUAAUAACAAAUCUGGAAAUUUGUUCGAAGUUAACAAAUGGUUCGUUUCACCAGCUUCGGUUGUACGAAGUUUCGUUGAAAAUGUUCCUACGGUUACCGUUUAUAAAAAAAAAGCAUCGAAAAAUCCGACGAAAAAAUAA